CGUGAAUACAUCUUUCUAUCUCACGUGCGUUUAAAUCGUAAGAGUUUAGAAAAUAGUUUAGUUUUUGUUUUCAAUUUAAGAAGCAAAUGAAAAAAUAAUAACAUGAAAGUGAAGAAGACGAAAGCACCGGGAAUAUCGGUUCUCAGCAAAGCCGUCAGCAAUGUGACAAAUAUCGUAAAGAACAAAAACAACAAAGUAACCAAGAUAAAGACAACAGAAGAAGUUCCUAAGAAAGCUUUAAAAGUCGCUAAGACGAUAAUUUCAAACAAUUCCAAAAAGAGCAAAAGAAAUGAUGCAGGAAAAUCACCUCAGAAAAAAGAAAAACCGUUCCAAUCAACCAGAGGAGUUGUUUACAUUGGACACAUUCCUCAUGGAUUUUUUGAAAAUGAAAUGAAAGAGUAUUUUGAACAAUUUGGGACAGUUACUCAUGUGAGGGUAGCGAGAUCAAGAAAGACUGGAAAGAGUAGAGGAUAUGGUUACGUUGAAUUCAAAGAACCAGAAGUGGCAAAGAUUGCUGCAGAAACUAUGAACAACUAUUUGAUGUGUGGCAGGCUUUUGAAAACUACCUACAUACCACCAGAAAAACAACAUCGAGGCUUCUUUUUAGGUCAACCAUGGACUACAAAGAUAAACCCUAAAGUAAAGAAUCGCAUGAAAGAAUUGAAGAAAAACGAUCUUCCAUUAGACGAGGCAAAGCACGUAAAAAAAGCAAAAAAAUCAUUACAAAAGCUUGCUGCUUUGGAAGAGACAUUAAAAAGUGCUGGUGUUAAUCUUAAAUUUAAGCCUAAGAAUGUUCCCAAGAUAGUGUAG